AGAAUAUCAAACGUAGUUGUUUAAAGUUGGUCUAUUUCAUAUUUAAUAAAGUCUAAUAUAAAAUACUGUCUAUAUUAACCCUCAGAGUAACUUGCUAUAAUGAAAUUAAAAAAUAGGCCAUAAAACAGUCAAAUAGUUUCAAUCAGGAUCAUUAAAAAAAAAAAAAACCCGUUAAAAGCCUAACGCCUUCGGUCUCUCUCCAAUGCUUUCCUAGUGAGGAAUCCAGACCAAGUUCUGACCACCUUCUUCCGCCCCCACACCGGCUCGAAUGACAUUUCCUUUACCCAAUCCCGUUGUGGGCUACGUCAUCUCCGGAUUGGCUGGCGAUAGCGAGCUCGAGGCCCUGAUGAGAGGCAGAGCGCGAGGAGGAAGGCACUGGCAUGAAUAGAAUUCGCAUUCAUGUUUUGCCUUCGAGUCGGGGGCAGCUCACUCCUGUGCCAAGGCCGCAAGAAACCUUGUCCUGUGCCUUUGCUCACCGUCCAUGCUCUCAGCCUCGUUUGGAAGGACUCGAGUUCUGCAUUAAGCAUAUCCUCGAAGACAGGAAUGCACCCUUCAAGCAGUGCAGCUAUAUUUCCACUAAGAAUGGCAGGAGGUGCCCAAAUGCAGCUCCCAAGCCAGAGAAGAAAGAUGGUGUGUCAUUCUGUGCUGAACAUGCCCGCAGAAAUGUGUUGGCCUUGCAGGCUCAGAUGAAGAAGUCUAAUCCUAGCCCUGUGAGAGAGUCUCUUCUCUGUCAGCUGAGUUCCUAUGCGAAGACGGAGCAGGGCUCUCAAACUGUAGAAAAUAACCGUAGUGAGGGCAGCAGGAUAUUGGAUGAAGACAGCUGGAGUGAUGGCGAGCAGGAGCCUCUUACUGUGGAUCAGACAUGGAGAGGUGAUCCUGAUAGUGAAGCAGAUAGCAUUGAUAGUGACCAAGAAGAUCCUUUAAAACAUGCUGGUGUGUAUACGGCUGAGGAGGUGGCACUGAUCAUGCGAGAAAAACUGAUCCGGCUACAGUCUCUGUAUAUUGAUCAGUUCAAACGGCUUCAGCACCUUCUGAAAGAGAAGAAGCGCCGGUAUUUGCACAGCCGGAAGGUGGAACAUGAAGCCAUAGGUAGCAGUCUCCUGACAGGCCCGGAAGGUCUUCUGUCUAAAGAACGUGAAAACUUGAAGCGGUUGAAAUAUUUGAGGCGUUACCGACAACGCUAUGGUGUGGAGGCUCUUUUACAUCGGCAGCUGAAGGAACGCAGAAUGCUUGCUACAGAGGGUGCUGGCCAGCAGGCACACACUACCCGUUCUAGCCAGAGGUGUUUGGCCUUUGUAGAAGAUGUUCGAUGUUCCAACCAGUCUCUCCCAAUGACAAGACAUUGCCUUAUUCGUAUCCUUUUUCUCUCCGGUCUACUCGAUGUACAAGGUAAAACUUGCUGGCAUCAGCUGAUUCGUGACUCCCUACUCCUUUCGAUUGAAAUAAAGGGUCAAGAUAUUUGCCAGGACACCAAUCAGCUCCUAUUUAAAUUGUGCCAAGGGUCAGAAGAAGCACCCUGCAGCAAACCAGUGCCUGUAAACCUUUCUGAAAAUCCCUGCUGCCCACUCCAUCUACAGCUACCACCUCAGAUGUAUGUUCCUGAACAGGUACUGUGUGUUCCUGAAGAACUGGAAACCGCUUCCACGGAUCUCUACUUGAGUGCAGCUGAACUCCGUCCCACGGAGAGUUUGCCACUGGAGUUCAGUGAUGAUUUGGACGUUGUUGGAGAUGGUAUGCAGUGUCCCCCCUCUCCUCUGCUUGCUGAUGCUUCUGCUGCCCUUGAGAACCAACUGAGCAAAAAUAUGGCCGAAGCUCCCAUCAUUGUCUGCUCAGAUGAAGAAUCUAUUCGACAAGGAUUUCCAACACCGGCAGGAGGAGGAGGUUUUCCCAGACAAAUUACACCUCUUACACCAGAAUCUCCACAAGAGCGAUCAGUGCAGAAUACACAUCAUCCUGUGACAAGUGGAUCAAGGCUGGAGGACAGUAAGAAAGAUGAACCUUCGACCAAUGGGAAUUCAGAACCAGCCGCUAUCAACUGAGAGAAAAGAUUGUCUCCCUGUCUGACAAAGCAUCUGCUGCUCUUGAACUCCUUUUGGCUUCCAGUGUUUUGCCAUCUCUCUAUUAAAUCUCUCCCAGAUUUAAUGUCUAUCUGGAAAACCAUGUGAGAGGCAGCUUUAGCAUGUUUGAGUGACUUUUUUCAAUUUCAUUCAGGGAAUGCCUUUUGAUUUCCGGUAUAAAUGGAGAGAAAACAGGAAAUCUUAAUGUUCAAUUAAUACAAAAAGCAAAAGCCUCUGCCUUAUACAUAGUCAUAGGCCCUGAUAAGAGGAAAUGGCUUAGAGUAUUUUCCAUAGUUGAAUUAUUGGGAGUGUAUUUGAAGUCACAGGCUGAGCCAUGCUAAAAGCAGAACUUUUUAUUAUCUGUACUGUACACUAGCCUGUUGAUGUAUAAUGUGCACAUAGCUGGGUUUUUUCUCUUUUCCUUUAACACUGAAGCUCGUAUAAGCAAUUUUCCACUUCUACAUUGUAAUGUGUACAAAUCCCUUGUAGUAUGAAAAUAAAAAUACUGGAUACAUUUUA